GGGUCGGGAUUGGGCACAUGGACAUCAACAAUUGAGGGUGAGGGCCAAGUAGUUGUAAGAAACUGCUCCAAUCGGAAAAGGUCAAAUUAAUCCUUGAUCACUGAGAUCAGCAGCUAUGGCUGGGGAGGAAGAAGCCCGUGGUGAGUAUACCCAGGAUGGAACUGUAGAUCUCAAAGGGAACCCUGUCAUUAGAUGCCAGAGAGGUGGUUGGAAAGCUUGCUCCUUUAUUGUUGUUUAUGAGGUGUUUGAACGUAUGGCGUAUUACGGUAUAUCAUCGAAUCUGAUCCUUUAUUUGACAAGGAAGCUCCAUCAGGGCACAGUCAUGUCUGCCAACAAUGUCACCAACUGGGUAGGAACGGUCUGGAUGACACCGAUCUUGGGUGCUUACCUCGCCGAUGCACAUCUGGGCCGAUACUGGACCUUCCUCAUCGCAUCUGCCAUCUAUCUCAUGGGAAUGAGUCUGCUAACACUAACGGUUUCGAUCUCUGCUCUGAAACCACCUCCUUGCCAGCAAAUAGAUGCUGCAGACUGUAAGAAGGCAUCAACAGCACAACUGGCUGCGUUCUUUGGUGGACUGUAUAUACUGGCAUUGGGUACUGGUGGGACAAAACCAAACAUCUCAACAAUUGGUGCAGACCAAUUUGAUGAUUUCAGCCCAAAGGAGAAGGCCCAUAAGCUCUCUUUCUUCAAUUGGUGGAUGUUUAGCAUAUUCUUUGGAACUCUGUUUGCCAACACUUUCCUUGUGUACAUACAAGACAAUGUGGGUUGGACCAUUGGUUAUGGGCUUCCGACAAUUGGGCUUCUGAUAUCAGUGAUCAUCUUUAUGGUUGGUACACCCUUCUAUAGGCACAGGGUGCCCACAGGGAGUCCCUUCACUAGGAUGGCAAGGGUCAUUGUGGCUGCCAUAAGGAAAUGGAGGGUACCCCUUCCUAAGGACCCUAAACAGCUCUAUGAGCUUGACUCAAGGGAGUAUGAAGAGAAAGGAAAAUUCAAGAUUGAGUCCACAACUUCCUUGAGGUUCCUUAACAAAGCUUGUGUUAAAACAGACAGUGACACUCCAUGGCUGCUCUGUCCAGUAACCCAAGUAGAGGAGACAAAACAAAUUCUUCGAAUGAUCCCAAUCUUAUUCGCGACAUUUGUUCCAAGCACAAUGCUAGCUCAGAUCAAUACCCUUUUUGUCAAGCAAGGAACCACUCUUGACAGAGGUGUAGGGAGCUUCCAAAUCCCACCUGCAAGCUUAGUCGGAUUUGUAACAAUAUCCAUGCUCAUCUGUGUUGUUCUCUACGACCGGUUUUUCGUCAAGAUCAUGAGGAGGUGGACCAAAAAUCCCAGAGGGAUCACUCUCCUUCAAAGAAUGGGAAUUGGCCUUGUUCUUCACAUUAUAAUCAUGUCAGUUGCAUCUGUUACAGAGAGGAGGAGAUUAAGUGUGGCCAAGGAUCACGGAUUAGUAGAAAAUGGAGGGAGAGUUCCUCUAACCAUAUUCAUUUUACUUCCUCAAUUUGUGCUCAUGGGGACGGCUGAUUCUUUCUUGGAGGUAGCAAAGAUUGAAUUCUUCUAUGACCAAGCACCAGAGAGUAUGAAGAGCUUGGGGACUUCUUAUUCCAUGACUAGUCUAGGUAUAGGAAACUUCCUUAGCAGUUUUCUUCUCUCCACAGUUUCUCACAUCACCAAGAAGCAUGGCAACAAGGGGUGGAUUCUGAAUAACCUGAAUGCAUCUCGCUUGGACUACUACUACGCGUUCUUCGCAAUAUUGAACCUCUUAAACUUCAUUUUCUUCAUUGUGGUGACUAGGUUCUAUGUUUAUAGAGCAGAGGUCUCCAACUCAAUGGGAGUGCUCAAGGAAGAUAUAGGAAUGAAGACAUUUAAGGUCACUAACCAGGAGGACUCAGCACGAGCUUAGGUUGAUUGGUGGACUUAGUGAGGGGAGAAAGCUUCAACAACAACAACACAUCCUUGGAUGUUUGCAGCAGCCAUGGAUGAAUUGGCACUAGCUUCGAUCAUAGUAGAUGGUCGCUUGCCCAACUAUAAUCUAGCAUUCUUUGUUCCAUUUUCAGGCUCAGUGCAUGCUUGGGUUGGAUAUCUCUUAACAGAGAAUUAAGGAAGUGGCCUGCAAUUGAUUGUAAUGGAUUGGGUUGUUGAAUACAUUAUCUACCACUGAAUUUAAUUAUGUACCAUGCAUUAAUCCUUCUUCAAAAGGGCUGAAUUAUAUUGAGAGAAAGACUAUUUAAACUGCA